CCCUCAGAGCUACCCUGCACACAGCCUAAUAGGGGCCUGUCCCAGUGCUACCACCACAGGGGCAGUUUCAAGGAGUCCAACAUGGAAGAGUUUAAAGAUGCAAGCCUUCCUGAGAAAUUUCUUGACCAAUUAAAACUUUCUGAUCAGAAGUCUUCAGAGACUGCCCCCAAAGAUGCACAGACUUCCCAAAAUACUGAAAGUGGAUGUACAUCAUCUUUAGCCAAAGAUCCCACAACAACAGACGAGAGUUUCCAUGACUGUCAUGACUCCUUUGAGGCAAAAGAACCCGUGUUGGAUGAUGAUGGAAAUUUACAGAAUGAUGAGAAUAGCUCAAGGAAGCAGACAGAACUAGAUGAAGAAUACUUGCUAGAACUAGAAAAAGAUAUGCCAGAGGAAGAAAAACAGAAAAGAAGAAAGGAGAGCACAACACUGAAGGAGAAAGGAAAUGAGCAGUUCAAGAAAGGAGACUAUGGGGAGGCAGAAGACUCUUACACAAGGGCUCUGCAGAUUUGUCCAGCGUGCUUCCAAAAAGACAGGGCUGUUUUAUUUUCAAAUAGAGCUGCUGCAAAAAUGAAACAGGAGAAGAUAGAAGCUGCCCUAAGUGACUGCAGCAAAGCAGUGGAAUUGGAUCCUAACUAUAUUAGAGCUUUGCUGAGGAGAGCAGAACUGUAUGAAAAAACAGAAAAACUAGAUGAAGCUCUGGAAGAUUAUAAGGCAAUCCUAGAAAAAGACCCAUCAGUUCAUCAAGCCAGAGAAGCUUGCAUGCGAUUGCCUAGACAAAUCGAAGAGCGGAACGAAAAACUAAAGAAAGAAAUGUUAGGCAAACUGAAGGAUCUUGGGAAUCUGGUUCUCCGCCCCUUUGGCCUGUCAACAGAAAAUUUCCAGAUAAAACAGGAUUCAUCAACUGGUUCAUACUCAAUCAAUUUUGUUCAAAAUCCAAACAACAAUAGAUAGUAUUAAUUCAGUCUAGUUCUGCUGGCUUUCAGGUUUCCUGACCGUGUGCUUGCACGUACCAAUAAAAGGAUGCAGCAAACAUUCUUCACGCUCCCCAAGUGAAGAUAAGACCCAAGCAUAUUCAUUUUCCUGCUUGUGAAAUUAUUUACAGUGUGGAUGUAAAGCAAAUCAUUUGACUUCUCCUAGUGGUACCUGUGCCCAGUGUGUCAUUUUACUUUGGUUUAUUUUCAUUUCUUCUCUUGCAGUGUUUGGCUUAUCCAAAAGUCUGGGCCAUUCUUUUGGCCCAGUCAAUGCUGACAAGGAGUUAAUGCUGACAAGCAAGGCAGCUGAAUCAAAAUGCUGAUGCAGCUGCAGCCAAGCAGGGUGGGUUAACUGCAGCCAGCAACCAAGCCCCACACAACUGCUUUCUCACACCCCUCUGGUGGGACGGAGGAGAGAAUCAGGAGAGUAGAAGUGAGUAAACUCACUGGUUGAAAUAAAGACAGCUCAGCAAAAGCUGCACGCACAAGCAAAGCAAUACAAGGAAUUCAUUCACCACUUUGCCCAGGCAGGUGUUCAGCCAUGCCUGGGAAAGCAGAGCAUCAUCACAUGUUAGUUGGGGAGACAAAUUCCAUCACUCUGAACAUCCCUGCCCCCUUCCUUCCUCCCCCAGCUUUCUAUGCUGUGUGUGAUGUCAUAGGGUAUGGAAUAUUCCGUUGGGCAGUUGGGGUC